GUUGUAGGUGUUGCUAUGGUGAUGUCAGUCAGAAUGGCUCCUCCUCUUCCUCUGAUCUUUCUGCUCAUGAUUCACAGGGUUUCUAGUGCUGAUUGGGGUGUGAGUUACAGUCCUUCACACAUCUGUGCACUAAAGGACUCAUCAGUGAUAAUGAACUGCACUUAUAAAUACCCUACUGGAUAUCAGAUCAUGAGAGUGUUCUGGACAAAAACAAAAGAUAAAAAGGAAACAGAAGAGUUUCCAGAUCUGUCUAAUGACACUGAAUACAGUCAGAGGCUUCAGUAUCUGGGAGAUAAACAGCAGAACUGCACCAUCAGACUGAGUCAUGUGACACUGAACGAUUCACACGAGUACUAUUUCAGAUUCAUCACUGAUAAAGACAAAUGGCUUGGUAAACCAGGAGUGACUCUUAAUGUCACAGAUCUUCAGGUGGAGUCUCCUGAGAGAGUGACAGAGGGAGAUUCAGUCCGUCUGACAUGUAAAAGCAGCUGCACUCUGACUGACAGAGCAACAUUCAUCUGGUACAGAAACUCACAGCCAUUAACUGAGAGAAGAGACAGAAACAAUGAACUCCUGCUGCAGUCAGUCAGAAGAGAGGAUGCAGGCAGAUAUAGCUGUGCUGUACACGGACACAAUCACAUCUCUCCUGCUGUUCAGCUCAAUGUCACGUACCCUCCAAAGAGCGUCUCAGUGUCCAUCAGUCCAUCUGGUGAAAUAUUGUCAGGAGAUUCAGUGACUCUGAUCUGCAGCAGUGAUUCAAACCCUCCUGCUCUGAACUUCAGCUGGUUUAAAGGAGGAACGAUUGUAGGAUCUGGAAGAAUCUUCAGCAUCUCAAAGAUCAGCUCUGAUGACAGUGGAGAAUACAAGUGCAGAUCCAUCAAUGAACAUGGAGAGAAAUACUCUGAUAAUUUGACUUUAAAUGUCAUGUACCCUCCCAGGAACGUCUCAGGGUCCAUCAGUCCAUCUGGUGAAAUAGUGUCAGGAGAUUCAGUGACUCUGAUCUGCAGCAGUGAUUCAAACCCUCCUGCUCUGAACUUCAGCUGGUUUAAAGGAGGAACGUUUGUAGGAUCUGGAAGAAUCUACAGCAUCUCAAAGAUCAGAUCUGAUGACAGUGGAGAAUACAAGUGCAGAUCCAUCAAUGAACAUGGAGAGAAAUACUCUGAUAAUGUGACUUUAAAUGUCAUGUAUCCACCCAGGAACGUCUCAGUGUUGAUAACUGGAUCUGGUGAAACAGUGUCAGGAGAUUCAGUGACUCUGAUCUGCAGCAGUGAUUCAAACCCUCCUGCUCUGAACUUCAGCUGGUUUAAAGGAGGAACGUUUGUAGGAUCUGGAAGAAUCUACAGCAUCUCAAAGAUCAGCUCUGAUGACAGUGGAGAAUACAAGUGCAGAUCCAUCAAUGAACAUGGAGAGAAAUACUCUGAUAAUGUGACUUUAAAUGUCAUGUAUCCACCCAGGAACGUCUCAGUGUUGAUAACUGGAUCUGGUGAAACAGUGUCAGGAGAUUCAGUGACUCUGAUCUGCAGCAGUGAUUCAAACCCUCCUGCUCUGAACUUCAGCUGGUUUAAGGAGAAUGAAAGCUCAGCUGUUGGAUCUGGACAGAGUUUCAGUGCACUACAGAGUGGAUGCUUCUACUGUCAGGCUCACAAUCAACAUGGAUCUCAGAGAUCAGACACUGUAACUGUCACAGAGCAUCAUAGAUCCAGUUGGCAUGUAGUUUUUGGGAUCACAGUGGAAUGUGGAGCAUUUUUCAUCCUCGCCAUCAUCAUUAUCAUCGUCAUACUGUUUAUAAUAAAGAAACGAAGGAGUGUUAAAACUGAAGAUCUCACAGUGAAACAGGUAAAUCAUCCAGACACAAACAACUUUACAGAAGCAAAAAAAUCAAUCGAUCAGCUGUUAUCUGUUUCAGACUGAAACAAAUAUAUGUAC